UUGUAGAAUGAUGCUGGUACUUCACAGAACGGUCAGAACUGGAGAGGACCUGUAGAGAUCAUCUAGUCCAACCACUGUGCAGAAUGCCCAGGGCUKUGGAAAGGGGCCACUCAGGUGGACUAGUCCACCAGAACGCUCACGUCCGCCUCUGUAUAUCUGCAUCCUGGUACAGACAGAAACAAGGAAGACAAAACAAGAAAAAAGAACAAAAAGAAGAUAGCRGAAGUACCGAAUGCAGCAACCAAGGAAUCAUGGAUCUUAAAUUCAAUUCGUCACGAAAAUACAUUUCCAUCAGUGUACCUUCCAAAUCUCAGGCUAUGUCGCCUCAUAUUAAAUCAGUAGAUGAUGUUGUGGUUCUUGGCAUGAAUCUCAGCAAAUUUAACAAACCUACUCAAUUUUUCAUCUGUGUUUCUGGAGUUUUUAUGUUUUAUCUAGUCUAUGGAUAUUUACAGGAACUGAUAUUUUCAGUGGAAGGCUUUAAACCGUUUGGUUGGUACCUUACUUUAGUGCAGUUUGGAUUUUAUUCCAUGUUUGGACUAAUAGAAUUGCAGUUGAUUCAGGACAAAAGGAGAAGAAUUCCUGGGAAAACCUACAUGAUAAUAGCCUUUUUAACAGUGGGAACUAUGGGUUUGUCAAAUACCUCUUUAGGGUAUCUGAAUUACCCUACUCAAGUCAUCUUCAAGUGCUGUAAACUGAUUCCAGUUAUGAUAGGCGGGGUUUUUAUACAAGGAAAACGUUAUAAUAUUGCAGAUGUUUCUGCUGCCCUGUGUAUGAGUCUUGGAUUAAUAUGGUUUACGUUAGCUGACAGCACGGUUGCACCAAACUUCAACUUGACAGGUGUGAUCCUAAUAUCCCUCGCCCUCUGUGCAGAUGCAGUUAUAGGAAAUGUGCAAGAAAAAGCUAUGAAGUUGCACAAUGGUUCUAAUUCAGAAAUGGUUUUGUAUUCCUAUUCAAUAGGUUUUGUGUAUAUUUUAUUGGGAUUAAUAUGCACCAGUGGAUUAAGCCCUGCAGUAACCUUUUGCUCAAAGCAUCCAGUUCAGACAUACGGUUAUGCAUUCUUUUUCUCCUUGACUGGAUAUUUUGGAAUAUCUUUUGUUCUAGCUUUGAUUAAAAUCUUUGGUGCCCUUCUGGCUGUAACAGUAACAACAGGAAGAAAAGCAAUGACCAUUGUGCUCUCUUUUUUGUUCUUUGCAAAGCCAUUCACUUUCCAGUAUGUGUGGUCAGGCUUACUGGUUGUCCUUGGUAUAUUUCUUAACGUUUACAGUAAGAAUAUGGAUAAAGUCAAACUGCCUUCACUGCAUGGUUUUUGGAAAAAAAGUGUAGAAGAAGGAAAAACAAGGACGUUGUCGCAAACUGUAUAGACAAGCUGUGUCUAAGUACGAUUUACUGUUUUAUUGGAACUGUCUUCAACUGAUUCACUUUCCAAAGGGAACAUGAUUAAACCAAAGGAGCUGAAGGCAUAUUGUCUGCUAGCAGAAGGCUAGUAAUGCACAUUUUUGUGAACCUUUUCUUCAGAGCACUUGAAUUCAUCCUAAAAGAUGUUACAGGCCAUUGUCAGAUGGCGUUAYGAAGCAAUGAAGGACAGGAGCUUAUGGCAGAGUGCUGCGAAGCUGCAUCCAAGUGAGAUACCAUCGAAGUGAAAUUUGGGCAUUUCAAUUUGAGAUUAGUGGUUCUUUGUCUUUAUCAAUUGUUUGGGUAUGUGGGAUUAUUUAAAUGUAAUACUGUAUUAACAUUUAAUGGAACCUAAUCAGCAACUGACUGACCAAAUUGCAAUUUUUGAUGCUGGAAGAAGUAGAAUAUGGUAUGUUGUCAUUCUUAUUUAAAAUAAAAAUGAUGUUUUUUAAAGAUUUUGAUCAUAUCAUCACAGAAAGUAUUAUUUAUAGCCAUAAUUGAUUUUUUUUUUCUGUUGAAAUGUCAAGUUUUGUUAUUUUUUGGAAUUAUUACAUGCAAGUAAUAAAAAUGAGAUUGAUUUGGUACAGUCAACGCCUAUAUUUACAUACAUAAAAAACUGUGGGUUUUUUAGGCUUCCAGUAGCUGAGACCACAGAAUGGAAAAAGUCCUGAUUGAAAUAGCCACAUAAGAAGCUGCAAUCUGCUUAUUCUGUAGUGAAGUACUAAUAUUUUAUUGAUCUAUGUCUGUCCAUGUCACUGUGGUGUAAAUGGACAAUGAGAAGAAUCGUUUAAAUGAGUAUCCUCAAAUGAAAACCCUUUACUUUCAAUACUAAAGGAUAACAACAUCUGCUAUAUGUAUUGUAUCAAUAUUUGUCUGCUUCUAUGAUGUGUUUAAGAAGAUUAGGGUACAGAGUAGCAUUUUCUUUAUUUGAUGACAAGAAAGGACAAUGUUCUACUUCCCUUUCUCUUCCAAAUUUAGAAAGAUUCCAGUAUUCCAACUGUGCCGUCAGUUUAUUUGUCUUUCAAAUUUAACUCACUUUUGAACUAUACACAUUUUUUAAUUUUAUAUAUUUAAUAACAACACCUUAAAAUACCAAAUACCUUACUGUUCACUGUUUUCAUAUAGGCAUGAUUUUUGGAUGUAUCCCUCAAUUGCAUCUUGGUUUGUAUUAUUCAUACAAAAUGAAUGACUUAUUAACUUGGACAAAUAUAAACUUGAUAAUAAAAUUGUACAGGAUGAAUUUACAAAGAAUUGAAGAAUGUCCCAGGAUUUACUGCCAUAAACAUUGUUUAUGAAAAUGUCCAAGAAGUGCAAAGUAUUUUUCAGUUACUUUGGGAGAGAAAUUGCUGCUCUAAGGAGCUUUUAAUCAAAAGCACACAGAUGCAGAACAUGCCUUAAGUUUUGCUGCUGACUUUAGUAGCAUAUGCCAUGGUAGGUACGUUGUGCAGCAGGAUCUGGAAUAAUGUAGCUGUAUUAGCAUGAGGGGGCAGACGAGUGGAGAGCUGCACUAGCAGAACUGCGAGUGCUUGCAGCGCUCAAGCUACUUGUGUGUCAGCAUAGCCCCUCAGUGCAUAAAAACACAGCUGUUGUUGGUAAGUCAUGAAGUUUCGUUAUGAUGUGGGAAUUUACUCCCUAAAUACCGAACUGCUGUGUUGGCCGAUUGUGUUAAGGACAAGAGAAUGAGGUGUGAACAGGACAAAGGGAUACACCU